GUGAGGGAGGGAGUGAGGGCUCGAGGCGGCGCCGAGGAUGAGGACUGUGGAGGAGGUGAAGGCCACUUUGCAGGUGGCGAAGCUGGACGCUGCUGAGCUGCAGCCGGCGGUCCACUGCCUGUCUUUCCGAGACGGUGUCAGCUCCGGGGAUUACUGUCUCAUGGAACUGGACGAGACUCUCUGCAAAUGCAUCGAAUCGGGCCAGAGGUUGAUAAUCAGAGGUGAUAAAGAGGAACAUGCUGUUCUAUGCAAUAAUGAUAAAACUUAUGAUCUGAAGAUAGCUGAUACAUCGAACAUGCUGCUUUUCCUUCCUGACUGUAGCACACCCGAUCAGCUGCCAUCCAACCCAAGCACAGGAUGUCUGAUACACUCUGAGAUUUACGGUUUUGCUAAUAGCUACUGGGAGUUGAGAAGAACACGGCCAAAGUUGAAGAAACUGAAGAAGCUGCUGAUGGAGAACCAAUAUGAGGGACCAUCCGAAGAAAAGCAGAAAGGUUCAGAUAAUCCAAAGUACACAAUGGAAGAUUUAAUGGACAGUGUUCAAGCCAGUGAACAAGAAAUACUACAGCAGCUGCAGGCGAUGCAUGCAUACAAGAUUGAAGGAUGUUGGAGAAUUCUGGAGUUUGAUUAUGAAAUGAAACUCUUGAAUCACGUGACCCAGCUGGUAGAUUCAGAAUCGUGGUCAUUCAGUAAAGUUCCUCUAAAGGAUUGCCUACAAGAACUGGAGGCUUUGGAACCACGGGAGAUGAUAGAACAUUGUCUCAAUUGUUAUGGCAAAAGAUACACAGAUGAAGCAGAAGAGGUUUUUUAUGAUCUGAAUGAGGAUGAGGUCUGCAAGGCAACCGCACUGAUGCUGUUACAGAAUGCUGUUAAAUUCAAUCUGUCUGAGUUUCAGGAGCUCUGGCAGCAGAGCGUCCCUGAGGGCAUGUCAACAAGACUAGAUCAGCUCAAGGGCGCAGCUCUUGUGGAUAGAAAUUCAAGGCCACAAGUGAUUUCUCCUCUUAAGGUGGAGGAUCUGUCAGAGAACACCCAAGAGCGUUUCAACACCCUCUUUAACAUCAGGACAAAGUGGACAGAGGAAGACAUUUCUCCAUACAUUCAGGAUUUAUGUGGAGAGAAACAGACCAUUGGAGCUCUACUGACAAAAUAUGCCCGUUCUUCCAUGCAGAAUGGAGUGAAAGUCUUUAAUUCCAGAAGGCCAUUCUGAUGGUGUAAUCCCAAGUUAUUUGAAACCUAACAGAAAAAUGGAAAUCAAAAAAGUUCAAUGAGCUUCUGUUCUUACCACCUACUUUUUGAGUCCCCGGAAAACCAGCAUUGUAUGUGUGUGUAUAUAUAUGAUAUAUAUAUGUGUGUGUGUAUUUGUGUUUAAUAUUCCAAGUGAUAAACAGGCUAAAUAAAUGUUGAAAAUUCAUAGCUCUUUAAAAGUAUUAAAAAGAAAAGCGAUUUUUUGA